CUUCAACUUCCAAACGUAUUUGUUUACGCAGAGGAGUGGGGUGGGAUUUGUGCGUGUUUACAAAAAUAUAAAAUAAUUGUAUAAUCUGUUUAUAUCUUUAGUAUAACGAAAAGAUCAGGCGAUAUCGUCUCUAGGGAUUCUUAUUCCGCUUUGAGUUUUUAUUUAAAACUGCAUCUCUAGCUAGCUUGCUAACUUUAUUAGCGUAGCCAGCGAAAUAACAACAACGUGAAGAAAAGUUUGAUUUAACUCAAGAAAUACUUCCCACUAUGUCUCUCAUUGAGGAUAGCAAAAUAUUGCGUAUUGUCCUCAUUAUCCUUUCUCAAGUUGCUUACAUUGCUACUUUGUUCAUCAACGCGCUCGCAGGAUCGGGAAAAGGACCAUUUACGCACAAAACAGGAAAUGUGUCGAGCAGAUACGACACAGAAAUCACCCCUGCUGGAUGGACCUUCUCUAUAUGGGGUUUUACAUAUUCAUGGCUAUUUCUAAUGAACAUAUAUAUCCUGACUUGGUUUUGCAGACGGUUGUAUUCAAGGCCAGCAAUCCUGCCCACCGCAUUUUUUGUCUCAUGGAUCAUCAACUUGAUUUUAAAUAGCACGUGGCUUGUCUUGUGGGACAGAGAAUUGAUGAUCGCUGCACUAAUAGUUCUAGCACUGAUCGCUUUGACCAACUAUUUGCUCAUCUUCUUCUCUUGUAUUGGUCUUCGGGCCAAUGGAUCCUGGCUCAAACAGAACCACCCAAAAGAUCUUGUCUGCAUCAUUGUGCUGGUUCAAAAUGGAAUUGCCACUUAUGCAACAUGGACAACCAUCGCAACUUUGCUAAACUUCACUGUUGUGUUGGAUAUCACAUCAACUUCGGCAACAAAUGCUGCUACUGCUUCUUUAUGCAUACUUCUGCUUGAAUUAGUGACAUGGUUUAUCGUUGAAAACUUUGUGAUAGAGAAACAUGUGCGCUACAUCCUCACUGUUUACCCUGUCAUCAUUUAUGCUCUAAUUGGAAUCUUGAGCAAGCAUUACAAUAAAGCAGAUCCAGGCCGCAAUGCAGUCUUUUCAGUGGUGUUGUUGGUGGUGACCUGUAUUGUGUUAGCGAUGCGAGUGGGGCUGGUGGUUUGGAGACACAGGACUCUGCCUCUGUACCGUGAAGUCAACACUGAGGUCCUGAUGUCCCCAAAUAGCGACGCUGAUAUGUAACAAUGCCAAUGCUUGUAAACGCUUGUGGAACAUCUAUGUUAAUGUGCAUUAAACACUAAAACUUACCUAUGUGAUAACCUGAAGGAAUAUUUUAUCAUCCUAUUAUGAUGCUUUAGAAAGGACUGUUGUUAAGUCAUCGGUCAUGCAGAGUCUGUAAUUUAUGUGAUAUCCUGUAUUGUGUUGUACAGAUUACACACAGUAACUAACAUAUACAUAUUACAUAUAUAUCUGUAUUAUAUCUCACAUUAUUUGAUGUCCACAGUUAAUCUGCCGUCUGUUACUUGCUUGUUGUCUGGGUGAAUUAAAGGGGAUCUGACUACAUACAUUCUUUGGCUAAAUGACCCAAGUGUCUAAAUACUUGUUAGAGAAAUUAUGUACCAUUUUAUAUUUGUAUGUAAACAUUGAAUUUGUUUAAUAAAAGUAACACAACAUUUUA